AGCAGAAGGUCACUCAGUCCCUGUACUUUCAACCAAGACCCAGACUGAGCUGUUAGGAAGGCAGGGGGCGAGUUUUUACGGGGUUCCCCUUGCAGUGAACCGAGUAGGCAGGAAAGGGGAAAGGUCUCCGCCGCCGCCACUUCCUGCUGCCUGCUGUCCUUCUGCCCUGACUAGCUCUCUGUAGACUGUGCCGUGCAUCCUUCCCGGCACACACAAAGUCUGAAGAAGAAGAGGAAGAGAAGGGCAGAAAGGACCAAGAAGGAAGAAGAAGAAGAAAAAGAAAAAGCUACAGAAGUUGAAGUUAUAAGGAAAGAGGAAGUAGUUGGUAGAGAGGAAGAAGAAGAGGAAAAGGAAGAGGAGGAAGAGGUUGAGGUUAUAAGGAAGAAGGAAUUAGUUGGGAGAGAGGAAGAGGAGGAAGAGGUUGAGGUUAUAAGAAAGAAGGAAUUCAUUGGAAGAGAGGAAAGAGAAGACAAAGAGGAAGAGGUUGAGGUUGUGAGAGAGGAAGAGGAAGAGGAGGUGGAGGCUGGUGAGGUGAUACUCCCAUUCCCUCACCACCAUCACCACCACCACCAACAUCACCACAACAGACACAUCAAAAAUAAACUCCAACAGAAUGAGGUGUUUGCUCUUCCAUCUUCUGCCUCCAUCUCAUCCCUCCACCACCACCACCACCAGUCAGCAUUGCAAGAGGAGUUGACCAUCACCAAUUCCUCAGAUAUUAAGAAACCACCACCACCACCACCACCACCAUCACCACCAACACCAAUGGAGGAGUUUAAGGUGUUGCGCGAGAUCGGCCGAGGCAACUAUGGCUCAGUAUGGCUCGUCAGGCGCCCGGGCUCGUGCCGGAACCUGGUGCUUAAAUAUGUGGAGCUGACCAAUUGCACGCCGGAGGAGGUGGAGGCAGCGAGGAUGGAGGUGCGGAUCCUGGCCGGCCUGAAGCACCCCAACAUUGUGUCCUAUAAGGGUUCCUUCGAGGUGGGCCGCCGGCUGCACCUCCUGAUGGGCCACUGUGCCGGGGGGGACUUGGCCUCUGUCAUCCGCCGGCAGCGUGGGCAGCUACUCCCGGAGAAGCAGGUGGUGCGCUGGCUCAUCCAGAUCGCCAUGGCCCUGCAGUACCUACACAACCACAACAUCCUCCACCGCGACCUCAAAACCCAGAACAUCUUCCUGACGCGCUCUGGCCUGGUCAAGCUUGGGGACUUUGGCAUCGCUCGUAUCCUGGGCUCGUCCUUCGACAUGGCCACCACCCUUGUUGGAACUCCUUACUACAUGAGUCCUGAGCUGUUCUCCGGGCUGCCCUACAACCACAAGUCUGACGUGUGGGCGUUGGGGUGCUGCCUCUACGAGAUGGCCACCCUCAAGCACGCCUUCCCCGCCAGGGACAUCCCCGGACUCAUCUCAAAGAUCUCCAAGGGAAAGAUCAGCGGCCUACACGAGCAGUACAGCGAUGACCUGCGACAGUUGGUGCUGAGCCUGAUGACGCGCAGUCCUGAGCACCGGCCGUCAGCGUCACAGGUGCUGCGCUUCCCCUACAUCCGCCAGCACAUGUCCCUCUUCCUCAAAGAGACGAGUGGUGCGCGGGACACGUCUGGAUACAACCCUGAGGAAGAGGAGGAGAAGAGGAAGAUAAAAGAAGAGGCGGAACAUGACACACAAACACCAAAUGCCUUAUUGCAGAGCUCACGGUCCAGAAUCACUAAAACACCAACUGAGACCGACGUAAGCGAAUUUGAGUCACUGCAGAUCGCCAGUGACAAGACAAGUUUGAAGGAGCAGGACAGAGUGGAGGUGAAGCCAUGUGGUGGUGGCAAGGAGAGCCCCAUACAGCACACACCCCACACUGCUAGCCACCUCCACUCACAGUCCCGGGCAAGGCGUCGAGGCAGCAGGGAAGUGAACACCGGUGGAGGCAACAGACAACAGGAGAAGGAUGGGAACAGCUUGGAAGUGGGCGUCAGCAGCAACCAUGAGCGUCUAAGUCCCUCAAGCAUCUCUUCAGCCACAUCCUCCUCUUCUUCGAGCCCUAACAUGCGUCCCUCUCUCUCAGCCCGGGAGAGAAGGCGACAACAAAGAGGUGAGAGAGAGAAGAACAGUACCUCUCCCUCACUUAGACGAGAGGAGAGAAGAGACUCGGAAAACAGCGACGAACACAGCAGCGACACAACCACGCCCACACACGAGGAAGAGGAGAAUGAGGACUUCCUUCUGACACUAAGCUCAACCUUCACCAAGUCCAGUGGGCCGUGGGAAGCAAACAAGGGGAGUGAGGAAUACGAAGACACAGGAAGAGGAGGAGGAGGAGAAACAGGAGUAGUUAGUAGCUUGGAGGCAAAAAUCAUGCAACUAGAAGAAAGCCUUGUUGGUAUGCUGGGUGUGAGGCAAGCCAGACUGGUGGUGGAGGUGCUGAAGGAGGAGGAAGAGGAGGAGGAAAUCGGAGGGAACUGGGAGGCACGUCUGAAGGCGGUGGAGCAGGUGGUGGGAGGGAAACUUGAGCCCAAAGCAUCCACUACAGCCUGGCACCUUUAUUUGUGUUAUGUCUUCCUGCACACCUGAAGGAAGGAAGGGAAGAGGGAAGUUAGAAAGGAAGGAGCUGUUGAAGAUGAGCCUUUUUUCUUCCUGCUUGUCUGAGGAAAGAUAGAAUGAAGAAAGCAAUGUAGAUAAGUUCUGUCUUCCUGUGCUUUCUCCAAUGAACUGAAGGAAGGGAAAAGGGAAGUAAGAGAGGAAGGAGCUGUUGAAGAUGAGUCCUUUUUCUUCCUGCUUGUCUGGGGAAAUAGAAUGAAGAAAGUAAUGUAGAUAAGUUCACCUUCAUGUGCUUUCUCCUAUGAACUGAAGGAAGAAAGAAGGGAAGGAAGGAGAGAAGGAAGGAAGGAAGGAAGAGGCUGUUGCAGAUCAAUGUCCCUUCCUUCCUUCUUGCAUGUCUGAGGAAAGAUAAAAUGAAGGAAGUGAUGUAGAUACUGUAAGUGCUGUCUUCCAGUAUGCUUCCUUCCUAUGUCUGUCUAAAGGAAGUAAGGAUGGAAUGAAUGAAGGAAGGAGCUGAUGCAGAUGAUGGUUUCUCCCUUUCUGAAUAUAUAAGGAAAGAAAAAAGGAAGUGAUGUAGAUGAGUGCUGUCUUCUUGUUCUUCCUUCCGAUGAACUGAAGGAGGGAAAGAAGGAGCUGUUGUAGAUGAGUGUUCCUCCCUUCCCACAUGCCUGAGGAAAGAAAGAAUGAAGGACAGAAUUAAUGUAGAUAAGUGCUGUCUUCUUGGAAAGGAAAGGAAAGGAAGGAAUGAGCCACUAUAAAUGAGCUUUCACUUCUUCUACAACUAAAUGAGGAAGGAAGAAAAAUGCCUCUCUAUAUAAAGCAAAUCUGUGGUCCUCCUGAAGACUGUCUAUGGACAUGGGGCAUCAUCGUUCCAAUCAGUAUUUGUAAGAGGGAAAAAAAUGCUAGAAAUUGAGGAGAGGUGUAGAUAUGAAGAGGCCUGUUUCAAGUGUAUGGCUGUGAUGAGGUGUAUGACUGCACAGUGCACACCCAAUGAGGUAUUAGUUAUUUGUGAACUUGAACCAGGUCAUCCCAAUCUUCCCUAUGAAUGUGGAUUAAGUCACCCCAAUUUUCCCUUUGAGGUCAGAGCAGGUCACCCCAAUCUUCUAUAUGUAUUACCUUACUACUACUACUACUACUACCACUGUCAACGCAAUCUCUCUUUUUACUGCCUUACUUUGUGGUGUUCUGUCAUGCAUUCCAUAUAAUGUGUUGGUACUAGAAAAAUCUCUUAAGCCUAGCUAGCUUUUUUUACUAUUGUCUACCAUAACUACAGGAGCAAUGAGUGUCCUGGCUUAUCAUGACAUACUGUGAACUGAUGUACAACCUGAAGAGUCCGUCCAUCAUGAAGAUUAUUAUUAGCAAUAUUUUCAUACAGUAUAUUUUUUCAUGUAAUUAUAAAUGAAUAUAUAUGUACAAUAAAAGUAUUUUACUCUA